CCACGGUCGCCAUGGCAACGCCGUCGCACUUCCUGGUUUACCCGGAAGCCCGUUCCGUUGCCGUGGAAACAGUGACGCACUUCCGCCGAGCCGCCGCCAACCCGGAAGUGCCGCCCUCACGCCUCAGCGUGGCCGCCAUGAAGCCGAUCCUGCUGCAGGGCCAUGAACGCUCCAUCACUCAGAUCAAAUACAACCGCGAGGGAGACCUGCUCUUCACCGUGGCCAAGGAUCCCAUUGUCAAUGUUUGGUAUUCGGUGAACGGGGAGAGGUUGGGAACCUACAAUGGGCACACGGGAGCCGUGUGGUGUGUGGAUGCCGACUGGGACACCAGGCACGUCCUCACCGGCUCUGCAGACAACAGCUGUCGGCUCUGGGACUGUGAGACAGGGAAGCAGCUGGCCCUGGUGAAGACCAGCUCAGCCGUGAGGACGUGUGGCUUUGACUUUGGAGGGAACAUCAUCAUGUUCUCCACGGAUAAGCAGAUGGGAUACCAGUGCUUCGUCAGCUUCUUCGACCUGCGGGACCCCAGCCAGAUCGAGAACAACGAGCCCUACAUGAAGAUUCCCUGCAGCGACUCCAAGAUCACCAGCGCCGUGUGGGGCCCCCUCGGGGAGUUCAUCAUCGCUGGCCAUGAGAACGGGGAGCUCAACCAGUUCAGUGCCAAGUCAGGGGAGCAGCUGUCCAACAUCAAGGAACACACCAAGCAAAUCAACGACAUCCAGACCUCCCGGGACAUGACCAUGUUCAUCACUGCUUCCAAGGAUAACACAGCCAAGCUCUUUGACUGCACAUCCCUGGAGCACCUGAAGACAUUCCGGACGGAGCGGCCGGUGAAUUCUGCUGCCCUUUCCCCCAUUUUUGACCACGUGGUGCUGGGUGGAGGGCAGGAAGCCAUGGAUGUGACCACGACCUCCACCAGGAUUGGCAAAUUCGAGGCCAGGUUCUUCCACUUGGCUUUUGAGGAGGAGUUUGGCAGAGUCAAGGGGCACUUUGGGCCCAUCAACAGCGUCGCCUUCCACCCUGAUGGGAAGAGCUACAGCAGCGGGGGUGAGGAUGGCUACGUCCGCAUCCAUUACUUCGAUCCCCAGUACUUCGAGUUUGAGUUUGAAGCCUGAAGGAGAAUUUCCCUCUCCUCUCCUCUUCUUUUCCCUUCUCCAAGCCCUUUCCCAGUCCAUGGGCUCCACCAGGGCUGUUGGAAAGGCCUGGAGUUGUUCUUGGCAGUGGUUUUGGGGGCUGGGGGAAGUUGGGGAGUGGGAACUUGAGCAGCUCCGAAGGGCAGGAAUGGCUUUUACUGGAAGAAGAGUGAAGGGAACUGGGUUGGCUGCCUGCCUGCUGGGCAUAUUUAUAAAUCAGGGGAAGGGAAAAAACCCAGGAAAUAAAUAAAAAUCUUUUCUAAACACAAGGAAAA